GGAUUAUGCAACCCAGCUGUUCAAGUGAGAGAGAUCUCAGACCAAGCUGAACCUGCAGCCAUGGGGACAUUCUCUGUGCUUCUCUGGAGUUUAUUAGGAACCAGUAUUAUAAUCUCAGUGACAGCCAGCGAUGGCCCAGUUGUGCAGACUAAAUAUGGUGCUCUAAAAGGUGAGUACUUGAGAGCUAAAGGGAAGGACACAGUCGUCCACAGCUACCUGGGUGUGCCGUUUGCCAAGCCGCCCGUGGGACCUUUGAGACUCUCUGCCCCUCAACCUGCAGAACAAUGGCAAGGAGUGAGAGACGCCACAAAACAGCCUUACAUGUGUGUGCAAAACAGGGAGGUGUCUGUGAAUUUUUCAAAAAGGUUUUUUGUUACCUUGGAAGUUCCUGAAGUGUCAGAAGACUGCCUUUACCUCAACAUUUACACACCUGCUAAACCAAGUGAAGAUGCCAAACUACCUGUUAUGGUUUGGAUCCAUGGUGGAGGCUUGUCCUUAGGCUCGAGUUCCAUGUUUGAGGGACAUGCACUGGCAGCUUAUCAGAAUGUCGUUGUAGUGCUAAUCCAGUACAGACUUGGCUUACUUGGAUUUUUCAGCACAGGGGAUGAACAUGCUCCAGGUAACUACGGCCUCCUGGAUCAGGUGGCGGCUCUUCAGUGGGUUCAGGAGAACAUCCACAGCUUUGGAGGUGAUCCUGGAUCAGUCACCAUCUUUGGAGAGUCUGCAGGAGGAGUCAGUGUGUCUUGUCAUAUAUUGUCGCCGUUGUCUGCUGGUCUCUUUCACUACGCCAUAGCAGAGAGUGGCACGGUUGCUACAGAUGCUCUUUUUACUACCAGUCCUUUAUCAGUAGCUCAGUCUGUGGCUAAUUUGUUUGGCUGUGACACUUCCAGUACAAAGAAGAUUUUUGAUUGUGUUAUGCAGUUGUCAGAGGAGGAUCUUUUGACAAUUACCAAAAACGAUGAUAUAUUCUUUAAAGUGACAAAAGAUGGACAAUUCCUUCCUAAAACUGUGGAUGAACUUCUGCAGAACAAAGAGUUCAGCAAAGUGCCAUUUAUUACAGGGGUGACUGAUGAUGAAGGAGGCUUUGAAAUCCUUAAUUUCCUUGCUCCUCCAGGAUGGACCGAAGGAUUGGACAGAGAGCAAGUUAUGUCAUUAAUGCCUUUAAUUUUUCCUGAUCCUGAUAAAUGGCUUCAUGAAAUAGUGCUGAAUGAGUACCUGGGAACCACGAACGAUCCAAUUAAAAUCCGAGAUGGUUUUAGAGAGAUGUUAGGAGACUUUUGGUUUAACAUUCCUGCUCUUAAAGUAGCAAAACACCACAAAGAUUCUGGAGCACCAGUUUACAUGUAUGAAUUCCAGCACACUUUCAAUGAGCUCCAGAAAAAGAAGCCAAGCUUUACAGGAAGUGACCAUGGAGAUGAACUCUACUUUGUUUUUGGUGUAUGUUUUUUAAAUGGUCACUUCAGGAUAGCUGGUCAGUUCACAGAGGAAGAGAAUAAACUAUGUAGAACUAUAAUGGCCUACUGGGGAAACUUUGCUCGCACUGGGUCUCCAAACGGACCAGGCCUGACCCCAUGGCCGGAGUUUGGAGCUGAAGCUGAGUAUCUGGGCAUCGGCCUGGUGCAGAAGCCUGGAAAGAACUUGAAGGAAAAGCACUAUGCAUUUAUAACCCAGACUCUGCCACGGUUAAGGCAUGAGAAAAAAGAUGGCCCAGUUGUGCAGACUAAAUAUGGAACUCUAAAAGGUGAACAUGUGAUGGCUAUAGGGAAGAACACAAUUGUCUACAGCUACCUGAGUGUGCCGUUUGCAAAGCCACCAGUGGGACCUUUAAGAUUCACUGCACCCCAACCUGCAGAACAGUGGAAAGGAGUUAGAGAUGCCACAAAACAGCCAUACAUGUGUAUACAAAACAGGGAAGCAACUGUUGAGCUCUUUACCAGUUUAUCACUCAAGGUGGAAGUUUCAGAAGUGUCAGAAGACUGCCUGUACCUCAACAUUUACACUCCAGCAAAACCUGGGGAAGAUGCCAAACUACCUGUCAUGGUUUGGAUUCAUGGUGGAGGACUGAGCCUCGGUGCUGCAUCAGUCUAUGAUGGAUCAGUUUUAUCUGCCUACCAGAAUGUAGUUGUUGUGCUUAUCCAGUACAGGCUGGGUCUGUUCGGAUUCUUUAGUACAGGGGAUGAACACGCACCAGGAAACUAUGGAUUUUUGGACCAGGUGGCUGCUCUUCAGUGGGUUCAAGAGAACAUCCACAAUUUUGGAGGUGAUCCUGGAUCAGUCACCAUCUUUGGAGAAUCUGCAGGAGGAAUAAGUGUGUCUCUUUUGCUUCUCUCUCCAUUGUCUGCUGGACUGUUCCAUCGUGCAGUUGCAGAAAGUGGCACUGCAUUAAUGAAAGGCAUUGUGGGGAAUCCCUUACCAACAGCCCAGAUAGUGGCUAACAUCUCAGGUUGUGACAUCAGCAGCACACAAAAAAUUGCUGAGUGCAUUAAGCACUGGCCGACAGAGGAUGUGAUAGCAUUUUCAAAAGAGAGGAUGUUUCUACAAUUUCCAGUGACCGAAGAUAAGAUAUUUCUUCCCAAGCCUGUGGAGGAACUCCUUCAGAACCAGGAGUUCCAUAAAGUACCACUCAUGACUGGUGUGAACAAUGAUGAGUUUGGUUGGAUGCUGCCUCGUUACCUUGCACCUUCAGGAUGGAACGAUGGGAUGGAUAAAGAACAAGUACUUUCAUCAAUGGCUGUUUUUAAUUCUGAACCCCAUAGUGAGUGGAUUAAUGAACUGGUGCUAGAGGAGUACCUGGGUUCUUCUGCUGACCCAAUCAAACUUCGUGAUGGUUACAAAGAGAUGAUGGGAGAUAUGAUCUUUACCAUUCCAGCUCUGGCAGUGGCUAAAGCCCAUAAAGCUUCUGGUGCCCCAGUUUAUCUGUAUGAGUUCCAGCACCCACCCAGCGUUAUUCAGGGUACCAGGCCCAGCUUUGUGGGAUGUGAUCACGCAGAUGAACUUGCCUUUGUUUUCGGCAUGUGCUUUGGGAAUGCCCACCUAAAGGCAACUGCUCCAUUCACAAAUAAAGAAAAUGAACUGUGUAGGACAGUGAUGUCCUACUGGGGCAACUUUGCUCGCACUGGGACUCCUAAUGGACCAGGCCUGACACCAUGGCCUGAGUUUGGAGCUGAAGCUGAGUAUCUGAGCAUCGGUCUGGAGCAGAAGCCUGGGAAGAACCUGAAGGCUGAGCGUUACAUCUUUAUGACAGAGAAGCUUCCAGCGUUGGUGGCUGCGGCUAGGGAAAAGAGGGAGCAUGCUGAGCUGUAGAAGACCCUGUAGCUUCUUUAUAUAGUCCGUCUCUCAAGGGUUCUUUGAUUUAAGGGUUCAGAACCUAUAAAUCUUACAAUUUUAUUAAAAAAACAACUGUGAAUUUUAAGUGUUGUUUGCCUGGAAAUGAGGGGCUCAAAAUGUAAGCACGUAUCAUUUGGCGGGGAAGGACUGUCUUCAUUAGCUACAGAGCAAAGAUCUCACUUGGGCCAUUAUUCAGAAGGUUUACUGGCAUAUACAUGGAAUCAUAGUUUUGUGAAACUGAUAAACUGAUGAAUCUGUGAACUGAAAAACUGUGUAAAACAAUAAAAAUUCUCUUAACCUGAAA